UGUCCUCCCGUGUAGCAGCGCGAAGAGUAAGACGAUUCUCAGACUCGGAGCACGCACAGAGAAAGGGGAAAAGCUAUGGGGAGGAGGAAGACAGUGGAAUUCGAUGAAUCUCCGCCGGAUGAUUUCGAUGCGGAGAAUCCGUACAAGGAUCCAGUGGCGAUGCUGGAGAUGAGGGAACACAUUGUGAGAGAGAAGUGGAUCGAUAUCGAAAAGGCGAAGAUACUGAGGGAACGGCUCAGAUGGUGCUACCGCAUUGAAGGAGUCAACCAUCUUCAGAAGUGCCGCCACCUCGUCCAACAAUACCUUGAUUCCACUCGCGGCAUCGGCUGGGGCAAGGACGGACGCCACCCAUCUCUCCACGGUCCUAAAGUGGAGCCAGGUGAAUCGGAGUGAACCUCUGGGAGGAAUAACGGUGAACUAAGUGGCUUGCAGAAAAUGUUUGGAUGGUUUUCCUCGUUGUGAUCUGUUAAAUCUGGACCUCCAUCAGCUGCAGUUUUUUUAUAAUUAUUUUCUUUUUAAAAGAAGGAAUAUGCAUGGAUCACAAUGCCAUGGGCAAUGGAUUUGCACAGUUUCUUGUUGUCUAAAAUUGCCAAUAACUUGGACAUCUAAAAAACGCCAAAUAAUCAAAUGAAGUUUUCUGUCAUUGGAUGCUUCUCUUCAACUGUGUAUUGGUUUUUGGUUAUGUCAAAUGUGAUACUGAGGUCUAGCAGAAAGAUUGUAUGGUCGUU